CGGAAGAGGCGCAGUACCGCGCACGCGAGUGGCGUAGGGGAGGGAGAGUCUAUGGCGAGUUCCGCGGGGCUGGCAUUGUGCGGGCAGGCGCUGGUGGUGCGGGGCGGCAGCCGAUUCCUGGCCAUCUCCACUGCGACCAGUGUAUUCCCAGGGCAUGGAAAGCACCCAGGAUUCUCAAAUCGUGAUGAUGGCAGCCUCUUCACAUAUGAUUGCAGUGCUGCAGAAAAGAAGGUGCAAGAGAAUAAAGGGGAGGACGGACAGCCCGUGGACCAGGGGAGUGACACAAUUCUGGCGUCCACCUUCUCCAAGUCUGGCAGCUAUUUUGCUUUAACUGAUGACAGUAAGCGUCUGAUUCUUUUCCGUACAAAACCAUGGCAAUGUCUGAGUGUCAGGUCCGUGGUGAGGCGGUGCACGGCCCUGACCUUCACCACCUCUGAGGAGAGGGUGCUGGUGGCCGACAAGUCUGGAGACGUCUACUCCUUCUCGGUGCUGGAGCCGCUCGGGGGUGGCAGGCUGGAGCUCGGGCACCUGUCCAUGCUGCUGGACGUGGCACUGAGCCCCGACGACCGCUUCGUGCUCACUGCCGACCGGGACGAGAAGAUCCGUGUCAGCUGGGCCGCAGCGCCCCACUGCAUCGAGUCCUUCUGCCUGGGCCACACAGAGUUUGUGAGCCGCAUCUUGGUGGUGCCUGGCCAUCCGGAGCUGCUGCUGUCCUCUUCCGGGGACUGCACCCUGAGGCUCUGGGAGUACCGGAGCGGCCGCCAGCUGCACUGCUGUGACCUGGCCAGUCUUCAGGAGCCAACGGAGCCCCAGGGCCACAAGAGGUUUGCCGUGUCCCGGAUCGCAUUCUGGGUCCAGGAGAGCUGCGUGGUGCUUCUGUGUGACUGCCUUCCAGUGGUCUUCGUGUUCCAGCUCAGUGCCUACCGAAGGCAGCUGGAGUUCAGACAGCAGCUGAGGUUCCCACACCGAGUGUGGGAUGUGGCGUUUGAGGAGGAGCGGGGGCUGUGGGUCCUGCAGGACUGUCGUGAGGUGCCCCUCGAGCUCUGGAGGCCCGCGGAUGGCCAGUGGCAGCCCGUUCCCGACAGCACCGUCUCCCAGAGACUCUGCAGCCACCUCCGAGGGAGCUGGGCCAUGUUGGAAGGCUCUGCCACUGUGGACGAUGGCUUCCGUGGUCUCUACAAGGCCACCUUUGACAACGUGAGCUCCUACCUGAAAAGGAAGGAGGAGCGGCUGCAGCAACGGGAGAGAAAGCGGCGGCAGAGCCCUCCGCCAGGGGCCCAGGGACAGAAUAAAAAGAUGCAGGCCGGUCGGAUGGCCUUGGGGUGCUGACCUUCGCUCUGGGCGUCUCUCGGCUUUCCUUGCCCCUGCUGCCCUUAGGAAGAGGGCAGCUCCGCUGUGGUAUCUGGCUCCGGGCCUGAGCACGCCUGUGCCCGGUUGGCCCUUCUAGGGGGCGGGGGCCAUGAGCGCUCCCUUCAUGUUGGGGUGCUUGUGCUCACCCAUUGGCUCAGUUACCCCCUGCGCCCUCCUACUGUCGUGCCAGCUAUCCUGGCCAGCUGCGGUUUCCUCCGGGGAAACCUGCAGGCUCCAUCAUACUCAGCCUUUACUGCUGCCUCCCAGGGCAGUGCUCCCCACGUGGCCACCAGUCCCGAGGCUGCUCUUGGCUCCCAUGCUCGGUAGCUGCUCGUGGCGACUGGCUCCGUGUGGGCCUCGCAGAAGUGUCCUGUCCACCCUCGCUGCCUUUGGCUUCCCGGGUCUGUGACUGAUCACUGCCAGGGCAGGGCAGUAGGGGUGGCGCUGGGCCCAGCUGUCUACCCAUAAAGAGGAGACGCCCUUCGCGGGUGCAGAUUCCCCCAGACCCUGUUUCCUGGUCCUCGGCACGUGUGCUGCGGCGGAGCGUGGCUGCAGCGGCUGAUUCCCAGAGCCGAGCUCGGCUGCUGUUCCUGUCUCGACAUGCGUGGCCCUGUCAGUGGCAUCACGGCUGCAGCUGCCGCACUCGCUUCCCAAGUGCCUCAUUUCCCAGCACCUUCAAGUGCAGGGGUCCCACCCUGUGGACCCCAAGCCGGGCCUGCUUGUCCGUGGGCAUCUGCACAGCGCUGGCACUGUCCUCAGCCAUCGGCUGUCCUUGGCUUUAAGGGAAGUCAGGCCUCCUCUGUCGGUGUCCGGCCUCCUGCAGGGCUCUGAGGGCUGAGGAGGCGGUGCAGGGGCGGCCUGCUGGGUGCCGGGCUCCACACAGCAUGUGCUUGGGUCUGCAAGUCAGAGCCGUGGGCCGGAUCUCGCCUACUCCCUGUGUGAACCAAGAACGGUUUUUUGGUUUUAAAAACAAAAGGAAAAGUAAUGUUUCAUGAUGGGAAAGUCAUGUUCAGCUCUCAGGGUCCAGGAAUACCGUUCACUUCUGGGACACAGCUGCUCUGCUCUGUGCUGGGCCACAGGAUCAGGGUGACAGACCCAGAGGCUGCCAGGCCUGAGGUAGUCGGUGUAUACCCUUCACACUGGCCCAUCUUCAGAUCCCUUUUAAAUUGUGAUUUUUUUUACUCGGGAGGCUGUAGCAGGAGGAUCACUGCAGGUUUGAGGCCAGCCUGAACUAUAGUGAGACUGUCUCAAAAUAACCUGAGCUGGUUUCCUUCUGUAGAAAAGCCUGUUCCCAUGUCCCAUUGGGCCGUGGGCCUGUACCUUGGUCCUUUGUCGUGUGUCUGAGUGGUCCAGGCCGAGUGCCUGGCUGUAAGACCCGGGCCACGCCCUCAGUUUUUGGGCCAGCACGGUGCUGCUUGUGGUGUCCAGCUGGGAGGCUUCAGGCCACAGCUGUGCGGUGGUGCAGGGGAGGCUGGGGCCAGGGGACCCUGGGUGGAAGGGGUCUCGUACCUUACUGCUGCUGCCUUCCCUUCUGUGCUCCCACUGCCUCUGCCUCGGCAGCCCAGGGCCAGAAGUGGCUUCCUGCCCUCAGCAGCCUGUGGGGACCCUGGUCUGGAGCUGAGAGUCGGCUUUGUUCCUGCCCGUGGUGCUGGAGUCCCGAGAGCUCCGUGUGCAGUAGCUUGGCUGAGUCCUGGCCUGUCGUGUGUUCAGAGGGUUUUGUACCUUGGCCCCGCCUCGCGUGUCACCCAACUCCCUCCCCUCUGACCCUGUGUGGCCACGCUGCAGGCUGGGUCAGAGCAGCUUCCUGUCCACCUGUCUCCUCGUCAGUCUGUCCUGGAAGCUCUGGCCUGGUUAUGCCCUUCCCUUUUAUCUGUCUUAUCUACAUGCCUAUUUUCUGUUCCCUUUUAGUUUCUGUGUACCUUUUUGACAUCCCUUGGAUUUUGUUCUACCUCUUACUGAUUAAAAGGAGUCUGGCUGUCACGCUUAUUCUUGGUGCUUCCUUGCUUUCCCUCUGCACUGCAGUGUGUAGUGUGCAAGUACACGCAGGGCGCGAGUGUAGCACCACGUGCUGAGGACACCGUGUCCCCUCUGAGACUGACGGCCGCCCUGUUCAUCUCUGCAAGGCCGGUGCAGUGCCGCUCUGCCAUUGCGGGGAAGUCACAGCGCGUCCUCUCUGGGUGGACAUCGGGAUCGUCUCGGGGUUCAGCUGCAGGGCCAGGCUGUUGCCAGGUGUCCCGCUGCUGGGACAUGCACGAUGCAUAGCAGCCUGAAGGAGGAGCGGUUCGUUUGGCUCGGUUUGAGAAGGGUCCCCGGGCGGCUCACUCGCAGAGUGCAGAGGAGGGUCUGCUUGGGGCACAGCUGCCGUGGCUCGGUGGCCAGGAGACGAGGGAGGGGCCAGGAAGGGAGCUGAGCCCUUCGGGUGAUGACUCCAGGGACCUGUACAGUGGGCCCCUCAGCUCACGUGGCUGCUGGCUCUUCCGUGGGUCCGUGAAGGUGGCUAGAGUGCCCUCGGGACCAGUCACCUCCCACACGCACGGGCUCUGGGAGCCCCAGGUCUAGGCUGCCACGGGACGCGUGUUACCGCCACUGAGCAGUUGUCCGUGGGUCUGCGAAGGUGGGUCCAAGACUGCCCGCACCCCCACAGGCCGGAGGCCUCGCAUCUGACUGCCCUAAAUGCUCUGGGUGACGAACCACGUCUCCUGCAGGAAACGUUGCACAGGUCGCUGUCACCUUCGUGACAGGCAAGCUGCUUCUCCCGCUGAAUGAUUUCGAUCUACGUUGGCUGAAUCUGAACACCAGAGCCUGUGGAUGGGGGGGUCGGCGGACUGCAUGGGGAGGAGUUGCCGGCCUGUGGGUGUGCACAUGCGCUGUCGUGGGCUCGGGCCAGAGUGUGAAAUCAGACCGUGAUGUUUGCAGGCAGCCUGGGGUCCACAGGGCACUUCAUUGCAAGAGCCCCGACUGGGAGUGAGGACUGGUGGUGUAAGGCAGGAGCAACUGCCCCAGCUUCAUCUCUGCAGGUCUCCCCACGGGGACUGCCGACCUGGGGCGCAGCCAGCUUCCAGGCCCUGGGCACACGCAAGCAGCGGUGAGCCUGUAACCUGUAACUUGUAACCGCAUCCCACAUAUGAGGUGUCAGGCACUGGCUCCUGUCCGGCUUCUGUGGUGGUGUGGCCGGCAUCUGCUCACUGGGUUUUUCCUCAGACUUCCGUGAGCCCCUUCUGGUUUUGCCUGCCUUGGGUCUCCGACUGCAUUCCUGGGCCGGCGGGCACAGAGGUUGCUGUGUGCGUGUUUAUCAGAAGAGCGUGCACUGUUGGCUGGAGGGUUCUGUGAAUGCACGGGAAGAACUGGCUCUGCCACUUAGUUUCUGUGUGCACUAUUUCUAUUUUGAUAAUAGAUUUCUGUCUUUGAGAUAGGACCUCACUGUGUAGCCAGGCUGGCCUUGAACUCAGGUUGAUCCUCCUGCCUCAGCCUCCUGAGUGCUGGGAUUACAGGCGUGCAUCACCAUGCCCGGCUCAGGAUACACUCUUGAGUGUGUACAUCUGAGUCCUGAGCCAGUGCUUCACUUUCCAAAGAGACUGGCUGCAUUUCUUCUAAGAUAGGGCAGGGCCAGGGCGCCCACCUGUCCUCUUUGGCACUGGCAGGGGUCCUCGCUGAUAGUGACACAGGUGAGGAAGGAGAGCUCUGUCCGCGGAGGACGUGAUGGUGACCGGUGCGGACACCCGGAUUGCUGCUAUGACGCUUACCGCAGUGGAUGGAGAUAAAGUCAAGACAAAAGCCAGCCUUCCUGUAUGUGAACGAUAAACAGGUCAGAGAGGAGAAGCCCAUUUGUGAUAGAGGAGGAGAGUGCUUAGGAACAAAUUUAAUAAGAAAUGUGCAGACCUCCAUGAUGAAAUUUUAGAUGUCUCUAAAGGCACAAAAAUCAAAUUAGACACAUGGAGAGACAUCUCUCAAUCUUGAUAGGAGAGCUAAGCAUAUGUGUCAGUUCUCCCCAGAUGCCUUUAUAUGUGUGCAAAGCAGUCUCAAUCAGGUUAUUUUAUAGUUAGGUAAGUUGAUUCUGAAACGUAUGUGGAAAAAGAGAGAUACAAGAUAGCUGGAAAACCAGUGCCUGUAGUCCAGUUACUUGGGAGGCUGAAGCAGGAGGAUUGCUUGAGCCUAUGAGUUCAGGACCACACCGUGAGACCCUGCCUUCAAAGAAAACCCGGAAGCCCGAACAAACCAAAAAAUAACCAGGUAAACAGAAAAGAACAGUCCCGACAGCAUUAGCACUCACAUCAAACUGCGGUCAUCGGCCCUGUUGUGUAAGCACGUGAACAGGGGCCAGUGGCGUGGGAAAGAGAACCCAGGACAGCAAGCAUGCCUGGAAAUGCUGUGAGCCGCAGAGGUGUCAGAUCACUGGGUAGCGGAGCGGCUCCUAAAACAGCUGAGGCAGCCGGGCUGCCCUUGGGAAGAAGACGGAAUUCAGUCCACGACUCUUUCCAUGCCCAGGAGUGAAGUCCAAGUCCGGCUAGAUCAGGCAGUCACCCCAGUACCAGUAGAAGAUACAGACGCUUCCCUGUUCUAGGGAAGUGUGUAACUUAGAAUGCAGGGGCAGUAGGGAAAGGGUUGAUAAAUCUGACUUGGUACAAAUAAAAUUACAACUAAACCAAGAAAGCAGAAAAUACUUGCAACAUACACCCGAGAGAGCUCUAUUUCUUUGUUAAGUCUUACUUGAAAAGGCUCCUACAAGUGGAGGGACCAAGGGCCAGACCCGGCCAGAUGGAUAACAUUUAGCUAAAAGGACAGAUGCUUUCCACCCUUGAGGCUCAGGAGAAACAGACCCCCUGUCUGGUUUCUGGAGGAGUGACGGCCGUUCCUCUGUCACCAGUCAAGACCUUUGAGCCGGUGCGGCUGGUUACCAGGGGCUCUGAAAGCGCAAGGCAGGGUGCAGUGGCGCAUGUGCAGCGAGUGACCCUCGUGUAAGAAUGUGGGGGGCGGAUGGCAGGCAUCGCUCCUGUGCAAAAUGGAGGGAGAAACCAGAGAUGAAAGGGCGGGCAGCAGCGGGGGUGAUGGGAUGGAGCGGGAAGAAGAGAUGAGCAGCAGAGGGAUGAGCCAGUGAUGUUUUUUUUUUUUUUUUUUGGUUUUUUUGAGACAGGGUCUCACUAU